AUGAUUAAGCCUGGAGAUUGUUCUCAUCAAUUUUGCAAGUAAGUAUACUUAAAUCAAAAGAGAAUGCAUCAUCAUGUAUCUAUAAGAAGCAAUUAAAAGUGGAAGUGUAUUUAAGAUAACUUGUCCUACAUGCAAUAUAGAAUACAAUGCUUUAAUAAUAAAAUAAUAUUGUGAAGACUUAUAUCCAAAAUAUUUAGAGUUGAAGCAGAAAGCUAUAAUUACUUGUUCUGUAUAUGAUUAUUUUUAUUCAAUAAGGUAUGUAAAGAGAAUUUAUAAACCCAUAAAUGCGGAUCAAAUGUAUGUAAAAAGUGUGGUGAAAUUCACAAUGGAGAUUGUAGUUAAAGAUGUCCUAAUUGUUUGAUACCAAUAGAAAAGAUUAGUGGAUGCAAUCAUAUGGUUUGUAAAUGUAAAUAUGAAUUUUGUUGGAUUUGCAAGGGAAAAUUUAGUAGAUAUCAUUAUAGAUUAUGGAACUUAUUUGGAUGUCCAUGUAAUAUCUAUAUAUACUAAUUUAAAGUUCCUGGUUCAAUGA